AUGAGCGUGCUUGAGGAGAAAUCAGAGGCAAACCUCGAAUUGCUCCUCAAGGAACUGGAGGAUGGCAUUAAAAACAUCAUCACACCAUUCAACGAUUCUGAAAUUGCACUAUGCUCGGGAAAAAUUCGAGAAUUAAAAUUAAAAAAGCGUUCUCUUUUUAUAGACAGUUUUGAAAAGCAAAAACCUUUACAAAUCAAGCCAUUUUACGUAGAUGAAUGCCUCGAUAAAGUCUCUAAAAACGAUUUCGAAAAUUUAACCACAAACCAAAAAAUUGCGGAUUACUUUUCCUAUGAAAUGAACAGAGCUAAAAAAAUACGUGAUAGGCUUACAAGGAAUUGUUCAACUUCAGAAGUUUUUAGUCAAGUUGAACCAGAAUUUGUCACUUUAUUCCAAUCUUUAUCAGCGCAUAUUACUACAUGCCAAAAUAUUAUCAAUGGACUUACUCAAUCAACUAUUCCAACAUAUUCUGAUGAUGAUUUAAUUAUGUUGCUGAAAGGAAAGUUUGUCAGACAUCUUAAGAAGCUAUUUCUACAUGUUCUUAAACUUGAAGCUAAGCAAUUAAUAGUUUCAAGAAGAUAUCAAAUUAUGAAUGACUCAUUUAAUCGUAUUGAAGCAGAUCUUACGCGUAAUAAUACCUUAACUCAACCAGAAGUACCUGUUAUGAUUGCAGAAACAGCAGAUUUAGAUAAAAAGUUAAUUAGCCUUGCCACUCGUUUUGGAGUUACAGAACCAAUGGAUUCUCCUGAUGCCCAACGAUAUCUUUACAUAUGUGAUAAAUAUUUUACGGCAAUUUGGUCGAAAUUGGAAAAUAUUUCGUAUACUCCAACAAAAACAACUUAUAAAAUCAAUGCUGUUAAAAAGACAUCAGAACAUAUAACAGAAGAGUCAUAUUUAGCGGAAAUACCAAUUGAACAGACAGUUAACAUCAUUUGGGAGAAACUUGCAUCAGAUAAUUUUCCAAAAUUACUUGCAAUGAUAAAAUCUGAUGCAGGAAACUACAACACACUUGUCAAUGGCGAAUACAAUAAAACUAGAACAGUUUUAACAAGAAGAGAACCUUUACAACUCGAAAAAGUUAAUGUUUAUUUCAGAUUUAGAACUGCUCGAGCUAAAUGGCUCUUUUUGAUGAUCCAAUCACAGUUAAAUAUGUUUGAAGCCAUGCUUUCGAAUAUUUGUGGCUCAAAUUACACUUGGAGAGAAUCAAAAGAAAUUUUACAUUUAAUUGACGUUCUUGAUGAAAAUGGAAACUUAGUUAUGCUUUCCUCAGCACAAGAAAGAUUUGAGGAUGUUAAAACAACAAUUCUCAAAACUGUUGGUUAUUAUACAAAUAUUUAUGAAGAAAAGUUGAUUGCAAACAACAGAACAGAUGUAAUGGUUGAUAGAGAGCAAAUGAUCAUUAACAUGCUUGAAGAUGAAGCUAUUUAUCUCAACGCAAAAAGAAAAUUAUUGCAAUGUCUCUAUGAAUGUGCAGUUCAUCACAAAACAGAGGACACAAUUAGAAUAUUUGCUCAUGCCGUUGCUGAUAGAGCUUAUUUGAAUGUUCCUCUGAACAAAUCUUACAAGAUUGGUUAUAAUCUUGCAAUUCAGCUUAUCAACAAGCAAGCAGAUGUUAUUUCAUCAAUCAUUAAAGUCCAAGUUCUUCAUGAACGCCACAUUUCUGCGAUAUUACCAAAUGAUGUUCCUCUUUUUGACAGAUUAUGCAUCAGUCCAGCUCAAUCCAAGUUGUUUAUAGAAAGUGUUCCUAUUUCUCCACAUGAAACCUUCAGACUUUCUGAUAUUCCAAAUCUUAUUGAGUUAUUAUCCAACGAAGCUCUUUCAUUUUGCGAGCAAACAGAUAUUAAGAAGCUCAGAUACACAAGAUACGUUGAACUUUCCUUAUGGAACUCAUUUAGUGACAGAUUUUCCGAAAUUUGUCAGUAUCUUCCAUUUUCUUUGACAACAUAUCCAUUUAAAUGCGAACUUUCUUCAGGACCAUAUUCAUUGAUUUCAUCUCCUAUCAUUAACACAUUAUCAGGAGCGAUGAAAUUCAUGGAAAAUGUUCCGAAAAGUCGCAGAACAAGAUUUCUGUUGAAUUUAAUCGUUGCAGUUGAUGUUUGUUGGGAAUUGCAAGAUAUUUUGAUCAAAUGCGAUGCAUUACAAGAUGUUUAUAUAUCACAGAGCAGUAGAUGCGGUUUCAAUGAUCCGAAAGUAUACAUGAAUCCAUUUACAGCUCAAAUGACACAUGAAGUCAUUGAUAUUGGCGACAUCAUUAAUACAGAAAAAGUUUUAGAUUUCGGAAUGACUGAUUACGACAGAGUUGACUUUAAUUUCAGCAAAUCAUAUAUGCUGAUGGAUGACAUCAUUUCAGGUCAUUUCAAACAGAUGAAAGAAAUCAACCAAUUCCAGAAAUUGCAUUAUUUCAUCAUGGAUGUUGCUGUUCGUUACAAUUUCUUCCUUUUAGAUAACGAUAUAAUUGUUGACCACUUUAGUUUGGCCAUGGAUGAGUCAAGUGAUUUCUUCUUGACACAAGCAGGUGUAAAUGGUGAUACAAUACAAUCCAGUUUCAUCAGAUCUUUCAUGGCUCCUACAAUUUUGUUGGAUGCACAGUAUAUUGUUGAUAACUACAAGAAAGCACAAGAAAACAGAGAUUGGUAUUUCGUUAAUAUCAGAGCAAUAAAGAAAGAAGCCAGAUUGAUAUUAAACGCACAAGCAAAGCAACAAUCUAUUAACUAUGAAACAUAUAUUUCACAGUUAUUAGAUGUUUUCAGUGGCCCUGCUUAUCGAAUGGAAGUUGCUUUUGUUUGUAGAAUAUUCAGACAGUUUUUGCUGUUGAAUGCUUUCUCUGAUGCUUUUAUCAUAGAACCAACAAGCAAACAACUAGUUACUGAGUCAGGAAACACUCAGAACUCUUACAUUAUUCCUAUCUGGGGAACAAUCUUUAUAUACUGUAGAUCAGCUCCAAUUGCAAGACAAGGUUCGAUAUUUAAAGCUGUUUUGAGUCAUGUUUCUUAUAUCUACAGAUUGAAUCAGAUGAUAAGAUUCGAAUGCUCUCUUUCUCAGCCGAAAAGUAAAGUUCUGAUUGAUUUAACAACAUGCCAAUUCCAAAUGGAAACAACAAUGCCGCAAAGAAUUUAUAAUGAAUUGUCAAGAAUUCCAGGAUAUAAUGAAUUCGAUGUUUCUUCACGUUUCUUGUGUGACAAAGUCAGACAAAUGGAGAUGAGACAAGAAUUAGCCAUUUAUUCAGCGUUCGAACAAAGUUUCCUUACAAUGGAAUCGAAUGAUGCAAAUUUGAGAUCGUAUUUAGUAACUUUGUUAAAUCAGAUGAGUGAUUUUCCUGAUGUUGAUGGAAUGGUUUCUUUGAGAUAUUCUCCAAGUUGGUGCGCGAGAUUCUUCUGUGAUGCUGAUGAAUCAUCGAGACAAGAAUUGUUGAGAAGAAUUAACUUGGUUGAUCAAAGAGUUGAUGGAGAUUUGGCUGCAAGAGAUAUCAGAUCAACAAUAGAAAGUUACCAAGCAGUUAUUGAGUCAAUAACAUUCAUGGGAAGUUUGUUGGCCCAUUACAGAUUGAAAUUUGCUUUCUUCUGCUUGUAUUCUGGUAUAAUGGAGUUCACUGAUCCUCUGAGUCAAAUGACUCCUCAAAUUUAUAGUCAUGGAAAUGAUAUUUGGGACGAAAGAAUUGUUAGUCAAGCUCAUCAUAUUUUAGCUCCUCAUGAAGAUGAAAUACAACUUCUCAAGAAGAAACCACUUCCUGAAAUCAGAAUCAUUGGUGCACAAAUAGAAGCAUUGAGAAAUGAAUGCGACAAAGCAAUUCUUACAAAACAAUUCAUAAUUGUUAAACAAGAAAUCGAAAGAUUACCAACAAUUUUGUCUCCUGAUAGAAACCAGGGAAGACUUGAUCCAGAGAUGAUGAAAUUUUCUCUUUCAUCGAAUGAUAUCAACAAUUUCUUUGAUGGUGAUGCCAAAAACGCAAGAGCAAGAUUAGUUCACAAACUCAGCAAUGUUUUGAAGAACGCAAGAGUUGGAGAAAUCCAAAAUGGAGAACAAACAAUUAAUUUCGAUAUUGUUGAAAGAAAGAUGCAUCAUUUAACACCUUUCUUGUACGAAUAUGAAAAAGAAAGUUUAGAACAACAAUCUUCUUUGUGGCAUGGAAUUUUCGGAUUCAUGUUAGAUCUUUAUAAUGAAGAUAAUAACACAUUGAAAUUAAUUGACAUCUUUGAGAAAAUUGUUUUAGGAAGAUACGAUUAUGAGUUGGCAACAAGUUUGUGUUCAAUGUUAGGCAGUGAUUUCUUAAAGAUCAAUAAUCUUGAAGACAAAAUCAGAUCGAGAAAGAAGGCAAUUAUUUAUGAAGACAUUGAUUCAACUGAAGAAAUCAAAGCUGAAUUCGAUACUUUAUUGUAUGAUCUGAGGAGACAAAAAGAUAGAACUAAGAAAUCUUUUGCAAAAUGCAGAGAAGAACUAUAUGGAUUAGUUCAAAGCAGACUCAAAGCUGCAGGAGAAGUCCAGUUCUCUGUAGAAAGAUUCAAGAAGAUGACAAUGCAAGGAUUCAAACAAGAUACAUCGAGUGAAUUCAACAGUGAUGAAGAAAAGAAUGAUGAAAGAAGUAUGGCAGUUAAAAAGGACAUAGAAGCAUUGAGAAAGAAGAUUACUGUUAUGAGAAUAGUCAGAUGUAUGUCUAAUAUUGCUACAAGGAGAUUCUUCAUUAAAAGAAUUGCUUCAUCAACUUCCGACAUGAAAUUUGAAAGCGCAAAAAUGUGGGAAGGAAAAAGAGAUUUUGAAGUUUAUGAAGAAUCAACUUUGGCAUCAUUAAAGAGAUAUUACAGAGCAUUAUCUGAUAACUCGAUAGAAGCAGCAAGAAUGCGUGUAAUGAUUGACAGUGAGAAGCAGAAUACAAUUCAAUUAGUUCAUUGGAAAGCAUUAAACGCAAAGAAAGAAGAUGAAUUGAACAGAAAACUGAAACAGUUUGAUGGUGUUGGAGAUGUUGAUGUUUCUGCUUUAUUACAUAAACUUGAAGCAGCACAAGCAACACUCAACAAACUCAAAGAAGACUCAAAUAAAUUAGAUGCACAAGCAGAAAUUGACAUAAGAAGACCAAUGACAGCAAUUGAAAGAACAAGAAAGAAAAUUGUUGUUUCAAAGAUAGAAAGAACAAGAAUUAUCUCUGAAAGAGUUCCUGCAACAUUAUCAAGAGCUGCAUCAACAUUAAAUGCUACAGCUUUAACUAGUAGUCAUACUUUAACUUCUGAUGGAUUGUUACAAACAUUACAAAGUGAAAAUGAAAUGUUAUCUGUCAGAAAUGAAUAUUUAAGAAGACAAAUUGCUGAUUGCGAAGCAGCAAAGAAUUCAAUGCCUCCUGAAUCAUUGGCAACAAUGGAAACUGUUGUUGUUCCAAAGAAACCAAAGCCAGAACCAAGAGGUGUAAACAGCGGAAGACCAAAGAAAGAGACAGGAAUCACAAGACCUUUCUCAGCUGCUGUUUCAUCAAGAUCAAAUCUUACAAAUACUACGGCUCCAAGCUCAACUCCACCACUUUCGCUUGGUCCAUCAAGGCCACAUACAGCACAAGGCACAAAGACAGCUAAACCUUUGAAUGAUACUACUCCAAGAAGAGAAAAGAAGAAAGUUACAAUUAGAUUUAAAUAA